UUCUCUAUCUCCCUCCCCCCCCCCGAUCUACCUCUUUCUCUCUCUAAAACUCUCACUAAACCUCUCUCUCUCUUUAUAUAUAUAUGCACAGAUAUACGCGCAUCUGGUAGUUUCGGUGAUUGUGGAUGCUGCUGAGCUUGAUCUCUUCCCAUACUAAUCAGAUCUGAGGGAGUGCGCCGUUUCAUAGGGAAUUGUGUGAGGGUUUUGAUGCGAUUCGGUUUGUGGACAGUGAUUGAAGAUGUUGACAAAGUUCGAGACGAAGAGUAAUAGAGUAAAGGGGCUGAGUUUCCACAGUAAGAGGCCGUGGAUCCUCGCGAGUCUCCACAGCGGCGUGAUCCAGCUAUGGGACUACCGGAUGGGGACUUUGAUCGAUAGGUUCGACGAGCAUGAUGGGCCUGUUCGUGGCGUCCAUUUCCACAAAUCUCAGCCACUAUUUGUGUCUGGAGGGGAUGAUUACAAGAUUAAAGUUUGGAACUACAAGUUGCAUCGGUGUCUUUUUACUCUUCUUGGACACCUGGAUUAUAUACGUACAGUGCAGUUUCACCAUGAGUACCCAUGGAUCGUGAGUGCCAGUGAUGAUCAGACUAUUCGUAUUUGGAAUUGGCAGUCACGCACUUGUAUAUCUGUGUUGACUGGUCACAAUCACUAUGUUAUGUGUGCCUCAUUCCACCCCAAAGAAGACCUUGUUGUGUCUGCCUCCCUAGAUCAGACUGUUCGUGUUUGGGAUAUUGGUGCCCUCAGAAAGAAGACAGUUUCCCCUGCAGAUGACAUCUUGCGGCUGAGUCAGAUGAACACUGAUCUUUUUGGUGGUGUUGAUGCAGUUGUUAAGUAUGUCUUGGAAGGUCAUGACCGUGGGGUCAACUGGGCUGCAUUUCAUCCCACCCUACCUCUGAUUGUGUCAGGAGCUGAUGAUCGCCAAGUGAAAUUAUGGCGGAUGAACGAUACGAAGGCAUGGGAAGUGGACACAUUGAGAGGGCACAUGAAUAAUGUUUCAUGUGUUAUGUUCCAUGCCAAACAGGACAUAAUUGUAUCCAACUCAGAGGACAAAAGUAUACGUGUUUGGGAUGUAACAAAGAGAACUGGAGUGCAAACUUUCCGUCGGGAGCAUGAUCGAUUCUGGAUUCUUGCAUCUCAUCCUGAGAUGAAUCUGUUGGCAGCUGGUCAUGACAGUGGUAUGAUUGUUUUCAAGUUGGAGAGAGAACGGCCUGCCUUCGCAGUGAGUGGUGAUUCUCUGUUCUAUACCAAAGAUCGCUUUUUGCGAUUCUAUGAGUUUUCAACUCAAAGAGACACACAGGUAAUUCCCAUUCGACGCCCUGGUUCCACUAGCUUGAAUCAGAGUCCAAGAACUCUUUCUUACAGUCCAACUGAAAAUGCGGUUCUUGUAUGCUCGGAUGUUGAUGGGGGAUCUUAUGAGUUGUAUUCCAUACCCAAAGAUAGCAUUGGUAGGGGUGAUAGUAUGCAAGAUGCAAAGAAAGGUGUUGGAGGAUCAGCUGUUUUUGUGGCUCGGAAUAGGUUUGCUGUGGUCGACAAGAGCAACAAUCAAGUCUUAGUCAAGAAUCUGAAAAAUGAGGUUGUUAAAAAAUGUGCCCUGCCCAUAGCUGCGGAUGCAGUAUUUUAUGCUGGAACAGGUAACUUGCUGUGUAGGGCUGAGGAUAGAGUGGUUAUAUUUGAUCUCCAGCAGAGAAUUGUUCUUGGUGAUCUUCAAACCCCUUUUAUCAAGUACAUUGUUUGGUCAAAUGACAUGGAGAGUGUUGCUUUACUCAGCAAGCAUGCCAUUAUCAUUGCCAGCAAGAAGCUUGUGCACCAGUGCACUCUUCAUGAGACAAUCCGUGUCAAGAGUGGUGCCUGGGAUGAUAAUGGUGUUUUUAUUUACACAACUCUAAAUCACAUAAAAUACUGCCUUCCAAAUGGAGAUAGUGGGAUAAUCAGAACUCUUGAUGUCCCAAUAUACAUUACUAAGGUUUCUGGGAAUACUAUCUUUUGCUUGGAUCGCGAUGGAAAAAAUAGGUCUAUAGUUAUUGAUGCAACAGAAUAUAUUUUCAAGCUUUCCCUUUUUAAGAAGAGAUACGACCAUGUUAUGAGCAUGAUAAGGAACUCACAGCUUUGUGGUGAGGCUAUGAUUGCUUAUCUUCAACAGAAGGGUUUUCCCGAUGUUGCUCUCCAUUUUGUGAAAGAUGAGAGAACUAGGUUCAAUUUAGCUAUAGAUAGUGGGAACAUCCAAAUUGCUGUUGCGUCAGCGACAGCAAUUGAUGAGAAAGACUACUGGUAUAGAUUGGGGGUGGAGGCUCUUCGCCAGGGCAAUGCAGGUAUUGUGGAAUAUGCCUACCAGAGGACUAAAAAUUUUGAGAGGUUGUCUUUUCUUUAUCUCAUAACUGGUAAUAAUGAAAAGCUGUCCAAGAUGCUGAAAAUUGCUGAAGUUAAGAAUGAUGUCAUGGGUCAGUUUCAUAACGCUCUUUAUCUCGGUGAUGUCCGAGAACGUGUUAAGAUCUUGGAGAAUGUCGGUCACUUGCCCCUUGCUUACAUCACAGCUUCAGUCCAUGGGUUACAGGAUGUUGCUGAAAGUCUAGCAGCUAAGUUGGGAGAUGAUGUUCCUUCUUUGCCGGAGGGGAAAGCAGCCUCCCUCCUGAUGCCCCCAGCCCCUAUUAUGUGCAGUGGUGAUUGGCCACUUCUCAGAGUCAUGAAAGGAAUAUUUGAAGGUGGGCUGGAUAAUAUUGGUAGGGGAGCUGCAGAUGAAGAGGAUGAGGCUGUUGAUGGUGAUUGGGGUGAGGAACUGGAAAUGGUUGAUGUUGAUGGCUUGCAGAAUGGGGAUGUUAAUGCAAUUUUAGAGGAUGGGGAAGUGGCUGAAGAGAUCGAGGAAGAGGGAGGAUGGGACCUUGAAGAUUUGGAGCUCCCCCCUGAAGCAGAUACUCCAAAGGCAUCUGUCAAUGCACGCUCUUCGGUUUUUGUGGCCCCGACUCCUGGCAUGCCUGUAAACCAGAUUUGGACCCAGAGGUCGUCACUUGCUGCUGAACAUGCAGCUGCUGGCAAUUUUGAUACUGCAAUGCGGUUACUGAGCAGACAACUUGGAAUAAAAAACUUUGCUCCUUUGAGACCCAUGUUUCUUGAUCUUCACACUGGCAGUCAUUCCUAUUUACGUGCAUUAUCAUCUGCUCCAGUGAUAUCACUUGCUGUUGAACGAGGAUGGAAUGAGUCUGCUAGUCCAAAUGUGAGGGGUCCCCCAGCACUUGUGUUCAAUUUCUCUCAGAUGGAAGAGAAGCUUAAGGCAAGUUACAAGGCGACAACGGCUGGAAAAUUCAUUGAGGCUCUUCGGCUUUUUAUUAGCAUUCUUCAUACUAUUCCUCUUAUUGUUGUUGAGUCGAGGAGGGAAGUUGACGAAGUCAAGGAGUUGAUCAUUAUAGUGAAAGAGUAUGUUUUGGGUUUGCAAAUGGAGCUUAAGAGGAGGGAAAUUAAGGACAAUCCAGUACACCAGCAAGAACUCGCAGCCUAUUUCACUCACUGCAACCUUCAAAUGCCUCACUUAAGGCUUGCCUUGCUUAAUGCAAUGACUGUUUGCUACAAGGCAAAGAACCUUGCCACAGCUGCUAACUUUGCCCGGCGGCUUCUAGAGACCAACCCCACCAUCGAGAACCAAGCAAAGACAGCCAGGCAAGUGCUGCAGGCUGCAGAGAGGAAUAUGACAGAUUCAGCUCAGUUGAACUAUGAUUUCAGAAACCCAUUUGUUAUUUGUGGGGCUACAUAUGUGCCAAUUUACCGGGGACAGAAGGAUGUCUCUUGCCCGUACUGUAGUUCCCGGUUUGUGCCAAGCCAGGAAGGGCAGCUAUGUACUGUUUGUGAUCUUGCAGUUGUUGGGGCAGAUGCUUCUGGGUUGCUCUGUUCUCCUUCCCAGAUACGGUGAUCAAGAUACUAGACCAGGAGCAUUUUUCAAUCUUUUUUUUCAACAUCCUUUUGGCAGCAAAAGCGACCAUGUUGGUUGAUUCAUAUCUGCAGGUAAAAGUUCAUGUGUAGCUGAUUUAAUUGUCCACAAGGCAUGGGAUCACGCUUCUGCUGGCCAAAAGAAAAGUUUGGAAUAUGAAAUAAAUUCAUCCUUACGGUGUUAUCUUUGAGAGUUAUCCUAGGUAAUCUUUUUCUGGAUUUGUUUUCUAUAAUUUUGAAGAAAUCUAGUCGAACGAUUGUAAGAGUAUUGAUGAUUUUGUAUAAGAAUAGCAUGUCUUUUCUCUCAA